AUGGAAGAAGACAAAGCCGCGGCUUACUACGACGAGCUCAGCCGUAAGGGCGGAGGUGCCGCCCGCUUCAAACAGGGGCUCGGCUUCUCUGCCGCCCCCGACGACGAUCAUCCUGCUCCUUCAAGAGGCUCCGCGCUUCCUACAUCUUCUUCAUUUCUCAGCAACUUCGUCAGAGCCUCCAGCCCCGCCCAAUCCUCCAAGCUCGAGAAGGAAGCGCAGCUCCAAUCAGUUCAGAACAAGUUGAAAAAGACUUCUAAUAAGGAAGAGCCAUUGUUGGCUAGGGAUUCGGACAGGAGUACCAGAGUCAGAGAGUCGAGCUCGAGCCAUCGGCGUCGGUCCAGGAGUAGAGAGAAGGAUAGUCGAAGAGAUGGAGAUCGACAUUCCAGGAGACGAAGUAGGAGUAGAAGCAGAAGCAGGGAACGGUAUCGGGACAGAGACAGGUACAGAGAGAGGCGGAAUAGGAAAAGGAGUAGAAGCCGGAGCCGUUCACCGCGGAAGGAGAGGAGAUCUGAGAGACGGAGUCGGAGCCGAAGUUUUUCGCCUCAUCGGGAGGGGAAGAGGUCGGAGAAGAGCAGACGAGAAGACGUUGCAAGGGAUGGAAAAGGGAAGGAGAAGAAUGUUGCUGUAGACUAUUCGCGGUUGAUUGAAGGUUAUGACAAAAUGACACAGGCUGAAAGAGUGAAAGCACGAAUGAAGUUCCAGCUUAGUGACACUGCUGAAAAGGAUACAAAAAAAGGCAGCUCAGGUUGGGAGAGGUUUGAGUUUGACCAAGAUGCUCCCCUUGAUGAUGAAGAAGUUGAAGCUGCGGAGGAUGAUACAGCAUUAGUCAAGCACAUUGGUCAGAGCUUUCGAUUCUCUGCCGUGGAGGCAAAAAGGGAGGAGCGGAUUAGAACUGCUCAUGAUGAAGCCAUGUUUGGAGCUCCUCUUCCAGUUUCCUUUGAUUCAGACAGUGACCCUCCGUUGGAGGAGAAGAAAAAGGAGAUGAAUAAGCCUGAACUUUCCACUAGUCUCUUGAGUGAGAAGGUGCUUGCAAAACAACAAGGUUCUUGGCGUGAUCGUGCUGGGAAGCUAAAAACAGAGAAUUAA